AUGAUUCAUAAGCUUUUCGUGACCACGUGGAUGUAUUUUUUCCCCAUCGAAUCUACUAUCAUCUUAAAGGGAAAUAUGAGUUUCGACUACGCCGUUCUCAGCCCCACGGAGAUAAUAAUCUACAAGGAGCGGAACGCCCCGAUAUUAAAGAAGGUAACCAAUCUGUUACUGCGGGGGGGCGCGUUUGGUUACCUGAAUCUAGAGAAGAUGCUGCACAGGAGCACAGAAAAAGACAGCGAUGACAGCAAAAAAGGACGUCGCAUCAAUCCCGUAACCUUUAAGUCGGUUAUGGUUCAGUGUGGAGUUUUGCUUACUCCAGAGGAACACAAGUCCCUUCGAGCAGCCUACUCGGACGAGGGAGGGUUUAUUGUUGACCAGUUCCUUGAGCUUGUGUGUCCUCUUAGAUGCCUUCGGGAGGAGCAGAUAAGCAUGCUGAUGGGAAUGUAUACUGAUUACGACUCCGCGCCAAUGAUUCCUUUGGAUGUCCUGCGACGCACCCUCGAGGAGGCGCUGGUUGCAAGGAGCGCAACCCCGGAGGCAGGCGAAUCGCCUGUCAUCGCCUCUGCACUUGUGGAGCUGCAAACCGUAUUUACUCCGUCGCUAUAUCCCAAAGGAUAUGUGCCUCCCCGGGAUGUUUUGAACUUUUUCGCUGCUAUACUUCUUAAUGCAGUUGGGGACGAGGAAUCGGUUGUAGAUUGGCUCUCGAUGGUGAGGUUUUCGCCGGAAUCACCACAUGAGGUUGCCCCCGCUCUCCCUCCCGUGUUGCCUCUCACUCAACGGAGGGAACGCGGGUUUGAUUAUUAUACCGACCGCGAUAAUAAGGACGAGUGGAUCCGCGGUCGUGAGGAAAGACCUCCAGGGGAAAUGUACAAACGGUUUCUACCUGGUUACGCUGGCCAUAUUCCCACUUAUUGCAGUAAAUUUGGUCGUACCUUUCAUACGAUUGAAGAGUCUGCGCCCACACUCACACGACCGGUACAGAAACUGGACCCGGUUCCAGAGGACCGCUACGGGCCUGGCGUGGAGUUGAAGCCAAGUCGCAUGAGUCGACACAACUUCAAACUGGCGUAG